UCUGGAAUCUGUCUCUAGAAUCCUGAUUGUUCUGGUUGUUGCUUGUCUGUCACAACCCACAUUGGUAACUUGUUCUAUUUCCGGGAUUUCAGUUCAUCACAUUUUGCAUUCUUCAGGCUUGAUGCUGCAACGAUCACCGCAUUUUGGUUGUUGGAAUAGGAAUUAUGGGAUGCAUUUGCUCGAAAGGGCUAUUAGCCAAUCAAUAUGUUGUUAAGAAUCAUCGUGGAGACAAAGAAUUGAAAUCAAAGGGAUUAGAUGUAGGAGCAGCAGGCGUCGAGGUUGAUGGUGGUGCAAGUGAUGCAACUACACGGUUGAUAACCAAUCAUCGCAGCACUGAGGAUAAUGCAGGGUCGUCAGAUGAAGGGGAGAACAAGAUGGCAAUGGCAUCUGGGCUGAAUAGGAUAACAAAUGGAGAAAGAGGAGCACAAGUGGUUGCUGGAUGGCCUUCCUGGCUCACUGCAGUGGCAGGAGAAGCAAUCAGUGGGUGGGUGCCUCGCAAGGCCGAUUCAUUUGAGAAACUCGACAAGAUUGGACAAGGAACUUACAGCAGUGUGUACAGAGCCCGUGAUCUUGAAUCAAACAAGAUAGUUGCAUUAAAGAAGGUCCGAUUUGCCAAUAUGGAUCCAGAAAGUGUGCGUUUUAUGUCAAGAGAAAUCCUGAUUUUGCGUAGGCUUGAUCACCCCAAUAUCAUGAAGCUUGAAGGUCUGAUUACAUCAAGGGUUUCGGGAAGCUUAUACCUUGUGUUUGAAUACAUGGAGCAUGAUCUUGCAGGGAUUGCAGCAAGACCUGGGAUAAAGUUCACUGAAGCACAGAUUAAAUGCUACAUGCAACAGCUUCUUCAUGGACUUGAACAUUGUCACAGUCAUGGUAUUUUACACCGUGACAUCAAGGGAUCAAAUCUUUUGAUCGACAAUUACGGAAACCUAAAGAUCGCUGACUUUGGUCUAGCAACCUUUUACCGACCUCGCCAAAAACAGCCUCUGACUAGUCGCGUGGUAACCUUGUGGUACCGACCACCUGAACUUUUACUUGGUUCCACAGACUAUGGGGUUGCUGUGGAUUUGUGGAGUUCUGGUUGCAUUCUUGCAGAAUUGUUUGCUGGGAAGCCUAUCAUGCCUGGAAGAACAGAGGUGGAGCAACUACAUAAGAUAUUUAAGCUCUGUGGGUCACCUUCUGAAGAAUACUGGAAGAGAUCAAAAUUGCCACAUGCAACCAUUUUUAAACCAACACAACCAUACAAGCAUUGUGUUGCGGAGACCUUCAAAGAUUUUCCACGCUCAGCUAUGGCCCUGUUGGAGGUCCUUCUUGCAGUAGAACCUGACCAUCGUGGAACAGCUUCUUCUGCACUUCAGAGUGAGUUCUUCACAACCGUGCCUCUUCCCUGUGAUCCUUCCACUUUGCCCAAGUACCCACCGAGCAAGGAGUUUGAUGCCAAGCUUCGAGAUGAGGAAGCUAGAAGGCGAAGAGCACCUGGUGGUAAAGGGCAUGGAGGGAAUUCCAAAGAGUCAAAGGCUGUGCCAGCACCAGUUGGUACUGCUGGGAAGGAAACAAGAGAGAAGCAGCAAGAGCAUAACCCAAAAAGCAUCAGUGAGAAGUACAUUCCUGAAGAGGAUAGCAGCUCUGGCUUUCCUCUCGAACCUCCCAAAGGAGCAGCAUCAAAUAGCUUCUCCCAUUCUGGCCAGUCAAUUCAACCAAGUGCAUAUGGAUCUACACGGAAUAUCGAGAUGCGAUCUGGGCAGUCUAAGAAUGGUGCAGAGUUGAGAAGGCAGAACUCAUAUAUGAAUGGUGGAGCUGCUCAGUCAUCCAGAUUUUCCAGUUCAGCUUCAGUUCGAAGCGAUUCGCGAUUUGGUGGUGUUGUACAAACUACUGCAAAUCCACACUGGCCAGAGGAACGUAUUAAUACCAGAUAUAAUCAUUUAGAUGACAGCAAUUCCUCUGCAAAACACGAUUGGUCCCUUCAAUUUCUGAAUAGGCCAAAGUCUUCACAGAUAAAGGAUGAACAGCCAUCUGGAAAGGAUUCAGCAAGGGGUUAUGGUACCAAGAAGAACCGAAUCCACUACUCUGGACCAUUGAUGCCCCCUGGGGGAAAUCUUGAGGAGAUGCUCAAAGAGCAUGAGAAACAAAUACAACAUGCUGUCCGCAAAGCUAGACUGGACAAAGCCAAUACCAAAAAAGCGUAUGGUGAAAAUGGCCAAACCGAGUCCCUACUUCACAAUGUAAGGAAUGGCAGGUGAUGGAAAAUGGAAUCAUAUACCUGGCCAAUUUGGAUAGCAAGAGCUCCUCGGAAUUGAAAAUAGGUGCUAACGUUGAAGAACGAUUCAUUGGGGAAACUUGACAAAUCUGACCACCAAAGAUAAUAUAUGGAGCGUCAUCGAGUUUCAUCACAUCAGAUGUAUAUUCACUUUUUGAAGGUAUGCAAUAUAGUUAUACCCAUCAUCACAUGCUUGGGAUUUUUGAGAAAUAGUUAAUCAAAUAGAUCAAAGCCCUGGACCAAUGUUGACAUACCAGAAAAAUUAUUUGAUUGCCAGAUGAUGAGACGGUCUCUUAGGUGGUGUCCAGAUGCUGGAGACAAACUUAUGUAAAGCAGAAAUCAGAGUUGUUCAAUCAG